ACUACGGUGCUGCUGAUGUGAUGUAGUUACGUUAUAUAUUUUCGUAGCAUCACUCCGCUAGCUGACCAGCAUUCGCACACCUUGAUAUGAUGCAACGACAAACAGACCGCUUAGUUUUUAACGUUAAACUUUAAGACGUGUCGUCAAAAUAUAUAAGCCAGGGGAGGUUUUCAAAGGAAAAUUGUAGCGUUUCCGUCAAGCUUAUUACAAGACGUCAGCGUUUUAUUAGUCAGUGGAACGCUGUAAUGCCAGUGGACGGCUAAUGACAGUCGGCUAACGUGCUAACAGUAACUGUUACUCGUGUCCCCGUCCACCCUUUUUCGGAGCUAAAAUAAUAACGUUAUGCGUCAAGAGGAAGUCAUGUUAUCCUGAGAUUAAUUACAGGCAGUAAUGGUUGAUGACAUGUGAAAGAGGCACUUGUGAGUAACUGACGUAGUUAGAAACGACGUGUGGAGAGAUGAGCAUGCCGCUCGGGAGGAACGGGUUAAUCGGGCUUGCUAUUGGAGCUACAGCCGGUUGUGGCUUGAUUGCCUUCAUAAUCUACAAGGAGAUCUGUAGGAGAAGAUCCCAGAGACUGAUGCAGGAGGCCCGGCCAGCUCCCCGGCUGUUUGACGAGGCGGAUGAAGCAGCGCUGCUGCGGGAGCCGCUGGAUGCGCAGGAGGUGGAGGCCCAGCAGCAGGCUCUGGCAGCGGUGGAGGCCGUGGUGCAGGGCCUGUCCCCGGAGCAGCAGCUGGAGCUCAGGAACCAGUUGGACCAAGUUCUGAACUGCGUGUCAUCAUUGCGCUCAGAGGUGGCUGAGCUGAGGGGCGGCCUGCAGGACAUCGCCCUGCAGAUUAUCCAGGAUGUCAAAAAGGGAGUGGAGGACAGUCAGCGGGUACGUCGGCGGCGUCAUAUCGUCCACAGGGAGCGCACUGACUCCACUGGCUCCAGCUCCAUCUACUUCACUGCCAGCCAGGGCAUGGCCAGCACAUUUGAAGAGACCAGCGAAGGAGGGUACUCGACGGCCUACGCUGAGUCAGAUUACACUGAUCGUGACACGGACAGAGAGGAGGGGGAGCGGGAGCCUGAACAGGAGUCUGAGGAAGAGGAGGACAAGAGUUGUGCCACUGUCCUCACCCUCCGCCAGGAAGACUCUCAGGAAGAAGAAGCGGAAGAGAGAGAGCUGGGGGAGGAGGCAGAGGAAGAGGAGGACGAUGAGGAGAGGCUGCAGCUGGCGACUGAAGUUCCCAGUGGGGAGCUGGCUCUCCUCCUGGCUCAGAGUGACAUCCUUCACACAGGAGACGCCAGCUUAAAGGCAGAGGGCUUUCGCCUGCUGUUAGACAGCAGAGCAGAGUAUGGAGACAGCAGGGAGUUUCUAUGGCGACUGGCUCGGGCUUACAGUGAUGUGUACGAGUCCACUGAGGACAAACAGGAGAAGAAGACUUAUGCACAACAAGGUCGAGAGGAGGCAGAGUUGGCCCUGAAGAAGAACGGCCUGAAUGCUGAGUGUCAUAAAUGGUUUGCUGUGCUGACAGGUCUGACCUCCAAGCAUGAGAGCAUGCAUAGCAAACUGAAGAGCAGCCACAUAUUGAAGGAGCAUCUGGACCGUGCGAUCGCCCUCAGAGAUGAUGACCCCAUGUGUUUCUAUCUGCUCGGCAGAUGGUGCUAUGAGGUAGCCACUCUGGACUGGUUGGAGAAGAAGGCAGCUGCUGCCCUCUACCAGAGCCCCCCCACUUCCACACUGCAUGACGCCCUUGAGAACUUCCUCAAGGCAGAGGAGCUCAGUCCAGGUUUCUCCAAGACGGUGAGACUGUACAUCGCACAGUGUCACAAGGAGCUGGGAAACAUCUCUGAGGCAACAAACUGGACCGAGCUGGCUCUCAAGAUGCCCACAAACUCUAAUGAUGAUGAAACAUCUAAACUGGAAGCUCAGCUUCGAGACUUAACUGACAGAAAAAUCUGAACACUUAUUUUCUACUGGGAUCCAGCAGAUGGAGCCACUCAGCCGAUGGCACCGAUUGGCUAGUCAGGCCGCCAAUCCGUGGUCAUCCAAUCAACUAAUUAUUUUCCCUUCGUUGGUGGAUACCUUAGUCAUAUUGUCACUGUGAAAUGAUAUGGAGUUUAUUGAUGUAUAUUUAUUUUCUUUAAUAUGGCUUAACUGAGUCAAUAUCGCUAUAGGUAAUAUAUAUUGUAAUGUAUAUGGUAUCUUUAAUGCUUUUUUUUUUUUAACAAUUUGUUUGCCUUUUUAACUGAUAAUCAGUGAUUAAACACAAGUAGGGUUUUUUUUUUAGAACCACAUUCUUUAUUCAACAUAAACAUUUAAAGGAUCAGUUCACCAAAUUACAAAAAAAUAACAGUCACUUUCUGCAAUUGGUGUCCAGUCAUGCAAGUGGUUUUGGUUUUAUAUGUUGAGACAGAUAUCUUAAAACCAUGUUUUUUUCUGUAAUUUGGGUGGUUCCAUCUUCUUUUAGCUAGAUUUUUGAAAGAAGGUACCUCAGAGCAGUGGGACCAAACCUGCUCAGACAGGGUCAGGAUGCCACAUUUGACAAAGGAUUUCGGGAGUUUAGAGAAAUUCCCCUUACAGUGGUUUGGAAAUCUAUCGCCACACCACAACAUUUCUAAGUGAUAUAUGUGAUAGUGAAAGUUAUGUGGAAACAGAGCUGGUAAUCCAGUUUGAUCAGGGAUGUUUUAAGAGCUUUAAGGUAAAGAGGGACGUUGGGAAUCACUGUAACAAAUACAUCUAAUGAGCUUUUAUCUUUAUGGAUGAAACAUUAUUUUUAUUAUACACCCUUUAUUCUAAUUACUGUUCUGGUGGGUCCAUCUCAGUUACUCUUUGACAGAUGUGUUUGUUUUGUGGAGAUAAAUUACCCCUCAUAAUGUAGAUAUAGUAUUAACACUGUAGUAUUUUGAUCAGAAUAUCAGUCUAAAAAUUUUUUCUCAGUUUAAUGAAUACUUCACCCACUAUAUGACCAUUUGUAUAUCAAUUGCUUACCCUGUGAUAAAUUCUCCAUGUAAUUGAGGGCCGCUUUUAGUAAGAGCAAAAUUAUACCAAAAUAUCAGUUUACAAAGAGACCUCUUGUCUUCAAGAAUUUUUGGUAACUUCAUUUUCCCCCUCCAGUGUAUUUGCUGCCUUUUAACUAUGAGUGUUUUUACAUUCCUGUUAUUUUUCUAAGUGACAGUGAAGCUGCACUACAUCAGCAGGUUAUUAUUUUGUGAUUGACAUCACUUUAAUGGCACUUUUUCUUUUUUUAAGAUUUAUUCUUGUUGAGGUUAAUUUGCUGUGAAAUAACAGUGGACAUGUUAAAUUUCCUCAAUAUUCUGAUCCUGCAAUGAAAAAUUAAUAUGCACUUCAUGGAUAACGUUGAAUAAAAUUCUUUUU